CCGCUUGUCUUCUUCACCUUAUUCCCCGCCCUUCUACCCUUUCUUCCCCCGCGGCCCCCUCCCCGCAGGGAUAAUAUGGUCUCCGGCAAUGGACGUCCCAAGUGCAGGAUGCGCCUUUGAGUACCUUAUUGAAACAUUAAAUGACAGUUCACAUAAGAAGUUCUUCAAUGUACCUAAACUUGGAGGCACCAAGUAUGAUGUUCUGCCUUACUCAAUACGGGUCCUUUUGGAAGCUGCUGUACGAAAUUGUGAUGGCUUGUUAAUGAAAAAGGAAGAUGUUAUGAACAUUUUAGACUGGAAAACCAAACAAAACAAUGUUGAAGUGCCCUUUUUCCCUGCCCGUGUUCUUCUUCAAGAUUUUACUGGAAUCCCGGCAAUGGUGGAUUUUGCUGCUAUGAGAGAGGCAGUGAAAACUCUUGGAGGUGAUCCUAAGAAAGUACAUCCUACCUGUCCAACAGAUCUUACGGUUGACCAUUCUUUACAAAUUGACUUCAAUAAAUGUGCAAUACAGAAUGCUCCAAAUCCUGGAGGUGGUGACCUGCAGAAAGCAGGAAAGCUCUCUCCACUUAAAGUGCAACCUAAGAAGCUUCCCUGCAGAGGCCAGACUACCUGCCGAGGAUCAUGUGAUUCUGGAGAACUGGGCCGAAACUCAGGAAAAUUUUCUUCACAGAUUGAGAAUACACCCAUUCUCUGUCCUUUUCAUUUGCAACCAGUGCCUGAACCUGAUACAGUGUUAAAAAAUCAAGAAGUUGAAUUUGGCAGAAAUCGAGAGAGGCUUCAAUUUUUCAAGUGGAGUUCAAGAGUUUUUAAGAAUGUGGCUGUAAUCCCUCCUGGAACUGGAAUGGCUCAUCAAGUAAACUUAGAAUAUUUGUCGAGAGUGGUUUUUGAAGAAAAGGACCUUCUCUUUCCAGACACUGUGGUUGGCACCGAUUCUCACAUAACCAUGGUGAAUGGUUUGGGGAUUCUGGGGUGGGGAGUUGGAGGCAUUGAAACAGAAGCAGUUAUGCUUGGUCUGCCAGUUUCUCUUACUUUACCAGAGGUGGUUGGAUGUGAGUUAAUUGGUUCAUCAAACCCUUUUGUUACAUCCAUAGAUGUUGUUCUUGGUAUUACGAAGCACCUCAGACAAGUAGGAGUGGCUGGAAAAUUUGUUGAAUUUUUUGGAAGUGGAGUUUCACAAUUGUCUAUAGUUGAUCGAACUACAGUAGCAAACAUGUGUCCAGAAUAUGGUGCUCUCCUCAGCUUUUUCCCUGUUGACAAUGUGACAUUAAAACACUUAGAACAUACAGGUUUUGAAAAAGCCAAACUCAAGUCAAUAGAAACAUACCUUAAAGCUGUGAAAUUGUUUCGAAAUGACCAGAAUUCUUCAGGAGAGCCUGAAUACUCCCAGAUGAUCCAGAUUAAUCUGAAUUCAAUAGUUCCAUCUGUCAGUGGUCCAAAAAGACCACAGGAUAGAGUUGCUGUGUCAGAUAUGAAAAGUGAUUUCCAAGCUUGCCUAAAUGAAAAGGUUGGAUUUAAAGGAUUCCAAAUUGCAGCUGAAAAACAAAAUGAUAUCGUGUCUGUUCAUUAUGAAGGAAGUGAAUAUAAGCUGUCUCAUGGGUCUGUGGUCAUUGCUGCAGUUAUCAGUUGUACCAAUAACUGCAAUCCAUCUGUUAUGCUCGCUGCAGGUCUUUUGGCUAAAAAGGCUGUUGAAGCAGGUCUGCAUGUUAAACCGUAUAUAAGAACAAGUUUAUCUCCAGGCAGUGGGAUGGUUACACAUUACCUCAGUUCAAGCGGAGUAUUACCAUAUCUUAGUAAGCUCGGAUUUGAAAUAGUUGGAUAUGGAUGUUCAACCUGUGUGGGAAAUACAGCACCCUUAUCAGAAGCAGUUUUAAAUGCAGUAAAACAGGGUGAUUUGGUUACUUGUGGAGUUUUAUCUGGAAACAAAAAUUUCGAAGGUCGUCUUUGUGAUUGUGUUCGUGCCAAUUAUCUUGCCUCUCCACCUUUAGUGGUAGCUUAUGCCAUAGCAGGCACAGUGAAUAUAGAUUUCCAGACGGAGCCUUUAGGUACUGACUCUACUGGCAAGAACAUUUACCUGUGUGAUAUUUGGCCUAGUCGAGAAGAGGUUCAUCAGGUAGAGGAAGAACAUGUGAUAUUAUCCAUGUUUAAAGCAUUGAAAGAGAAAAUAGAGAAGGGAAAUAAAUGGUGGAAUUCCUUGGAAGCACCAGAUUCAGUUUUGUUUCCCUGGGAUUUAAAGUCGACUUACAUUAGAUGUCCUUCAUUUUUUGAUAAACUUACCAAAGAGCCAGUUGCAAUCCAGCCAAUUGAAAAUGCCCAUGUGUUAUUAUAUCUGGGAGACUCUGUCACAACAGAUCAUAUAUCACCUGCUGGAAGCAUUGCUAGGAGUAGUGCUGCUGCUAAGUAUUUGACAAACAGAGGCCUUACCCCUCGUGAAUUCAACUCGUAUGGAGCCCGAAGAGGUAAUGACGCUGUGAUGACAAGAGGAACUUUUGCAAAUAUCAAGCUUUUUAAUAAGUUUAUUGGAAAACCAGCCCCCAAAACAAUUCAUUUUCCAUCAGGACAAACGCUAGAUGUAUUUGAGGCUGCAGAGCUGUAUCAGAAAGAAGGUAUCCCACUGAUUAUUUUAGCAGGAAAGAAAUAUGGUUCAGGAAAUUCAAGAGACUGGGCUGCCAAAGGACCGUAUUUGCUGGGUGUGAAAGCUGUUUUGGCUGAAACUUAUGAAAAGAUUCACAAAGAUCAUUUGAUUGGAAUUGGCAUAGCCCCACUUCAGUUCCUUCCAGGAGAAAAUGCGGAUUCCUUGGGUCUCUCUGGCAGAGAAACAUUUUCCUUAACAUUUCCUAAAGAACUGUUGCCUGGAAUGACAUUAAAUAUAAAGACAAGCACUGGAAAAGUGUUCAGGGUGAUUGCUUCAUUUGAAAAUGAUGUGGAAAUUACAUUAUACAAACAUGGAGGAUUAUUAAACUUUGUGGCACGAAAAUUCUCAUAGUAUCUACUGACUAUGGAUACCUUUCAUAACUGUUAACUGCAAAGCCUUUUGUGCUAGACCGAGGAAUCCUUACCAUGGAACUGCAGACAGUCCCAGUGUGCUCACUUAUCUCAUCCAUGGAUGUAAAUGAUUGUGAAUCAACAUAGUGACUGAAAUGAAAUCUUCUUGAUUUUAAAUAAUAUACGAAUGGUGCUAUUAACAUUGCUAAAGUCAACGUGUGAAGUGUGUUGUGGAAGAGACCUGUAAGUAUGGGGGCAAUAUUUUAUCAGACCAUUUUGUAAAUAAAGGCAGAAUUUGAACUUGUGUUGAAAAUUCUUAUAUAUGAGAGUAACCUUGCUGAAGUUGUUUAAUUUUGCACCUAUAAAACUGUAAUACUACUGUUUGUUGGUUUGAGUAGCAAAUUGAAGUAUAAGAAGCAAGAUUAGACUCUAAAAUUGUGGAAGUUGCAAUCUAAUUUAGAAUGGAUUUUCAGAUAUAUUAAUUCCUUUUCAGAAAUGAGCUGGACAUAGUUGGUACUCUUUGUUUAUAAUGUAAGCUAGGGUUAUCCUCAGUCUCAGUCUAACUAGAAAGGAUUGAACCUACCCAGACCACAAUCAUUCUGUCCAAUCUGGCCAAGGAUUCGUCUGCAUCUAAAGAUGGGCCAUUACAGAACACAACUGAUUGUCUGGCACCCAAGUACUAACAGUGGAAAUAUGUUAUCGCAUAUGACACAGCCCUAAAUUUUCAGUAAUUCGCUACUCUGACCCUCUGGCAGGCCUCAGAUGGCAUUAUAUUAAUUGGAUUGAUUGUUUUGCUUAACCUAAUAUGAAGCUAUUACUUCCUAUAACAUAAUAUUUUACUUAUCAUUAAUCAAAAUUACAGACUUGUUUUACAGUUGCUAAAAAGAACUUUAAUCCUUAAACUCUAAAAUGAUUUUUUCUGGACAGUUACAUUAUCCACCCUAAAUUAUAUUGUUGCUCAAACUUUAACAUUUAAAAGUUGGUUAGUUCUUAGUUAUUUAAAUUGAUUUCCUGUCAUUUUGUGUCAUUAUCUUACCUGGGAUACCUUAUUCUGUUGAUUAUAUGUUUUCUUGUUUUAACCAAAGCUGACCAUCAAGAUAAACACUUAAGUUGUUGCUGUCUGAGUAUCAUAUUUUCUUAAUUUGCAUGUCCAUUCACCAUAUCAAAUGGUCUGUCACAAGAAGUUUGGCAGCUUUUAAGAAAAAGUUUGGCUAAUGAAUUCCAGAAGGUCCUAUACCUUCUUUUUAAUUAAGAAGUUAAACUUAGCAGGCAAAAGGUUAAUUGUAGUGAUUUUUUUUUUCCACAUGGAGAUCCUAUGACCUAAUUAAGUUACUACAAUUCAGAAUUAGCUCACAUUGCACAGAAUAAAGAAUUAUUUCUUUUAAGAUAAAAUGUUGAAACUACCAAACCAGUGGGUGAAGACCACUGAGAACUUUGCACAUAAUCAAUCAUGCAAUCUUCUGAAAAUAUUUUGCAAAUAUGUUUAGAUAAUAUGUACUGGAGUUUGACAAAACAAUUUCCCCUCUUUAUUUAAAUUAAAAAAAUAUAUUUUCUUUGAUACCUGCAAAUCAUAUUGUUUUCUUAUGCUACUGUAUAUUGUCCGUGCAUGUGUUUUUAAUUUACAUGAAAACAUGAGUUAGAGAUGGAGAAUUUACAAGUUGAAUGUUAAAAUAUUGUUGUGUGCUUUGAAGAAAUAGUAAUUCCAGAUAGGGGAGGGAGAUGGAAUCUGUAUUAUUUUGAAGCCAUUCUACAUAAAUAGCUUAUGGGCAAAGAUAUGUUCAUCAUCAUAAACAGCCAAUCCAGGAGAUGUAGCUGAUGAAGAUGGCUAGCUAAGAAUUAAGUAUUUACAUUUCCAGUCUACCUGGUCCAGUAAUUGUUGCCGUCAUUAGCAGAUCUUGUAUUUCGGGAACAAAAAUCAAGGUUCUCAUAAUCUCAUGCUUAUAUACAGUGAAUGAAAAGCUUGAUAAGUGUGGUUUUCAAUUGAGGAGAGUCAUGGGUGUUUGUCUCAGUGUGUACCUUAUAAUUCUGCCUUUAGCCAAAUGCUGUGUUUACAAAAACAGCAUGUGUUGAUUUUUCUUGUUUUGCUUACCUCCUUUGUUGAUUGUAUAUGGGUGAUUUUAUAUUAUCAGAAAAAUCACAAAUAUUGUGAAAAGGAAGUGUAAUAGGCACAUAAGAGAAGCACAUCAGUGUUGUAAACUUUAAAGUAAAAUUUCAAAGGUCGUUAUCACCAGCAGCAUGGGUGGUGGUGAUUUUUUUUUAACUUUUAAAAACAUGCUGUACACCUUGCCAAAUUUCAUGCCUUUGAGGUUUGCUACUCCUAUAAAAUGAAAUCAGUGAAAAUGUCAUCCAGCUAUUGAAUUGAUAUUACACCAAAAACUUUUCCAAGAUGACAGUUGUCGUUAUUUCCUGUUUUAUCUUUAAGCUCAUAAUCUAAUGAGAGGUAUCGAGAAUCAGAGGUAUCAGAAUCCCUUAGCCAGAUUGCUUGGUUUUUCACUGGCAAUUAAAUUGCAGUGGAACUAAAAGAAAGAAAAGCAAAGACCUAAAUUAGAGUCAUAGUGGUUUGCAUAUGUGGUGACAGUGCUAUAGGCAUUCUUCUUCUCAGUGAUGAGUGAUUGGAUGAAGAAAAAUUAUUUGUUAUUUUGCUAUGGUUGAAUUAAAAGACAUCACUCGUUCGCCUCUAGGUUUAGGAGAAGGUACUAAGGUUCUGGAUGUUGCCCCUAUCUUUUGAUUUGGAGUAACAAGAGAGAGAGGAAGGGAUGAACUUAGGCUUUUUCAUUGUUUUUCUCCUGAAGUGUGAUAAUGCUGAUGUUUCUAUCAAUUUUACAUAUAAUAUAUGGCUACAAAACCAUAUGUCUCACUUAAGUAAUUACAAAUCAUUGUCUAUUAUUUAAAGCCAACAAAACAGUGUAACAGUUUUUUAAGUUCAAUAAUGUUAAGUAUUGUAUAGAAAUAUAUUGGAGGCAAAGUUCAGUUGAUGACAAUUGUGUAUAUGUUACUGAUGCUGUAAAUUAUUUUUAAUAAAGAAAAUUGUAUUAUCACAUA